AUGUCCCUCCCAUCAUCCCUCCAUCUCCGUCUCCUCCGUCUCCCUACUCCGCGUCUCCUUCGCCCUUCUACCUCGGCAUCCGUGCCGUCAAUCCGAUCAUACCACUCUAGGAACCUGGGGUCGCGAUCAGUCCGAAUCGGCGCCAGUCGCUCUCUUACGCGGACGGUUCCCGUCGCGCAGACAUUGUCGUCUACAUCCACAUCGGCGUCGGCAUCUACUUCACGAACUCUUGCAACCUCCUCGGGCAAAACUCCCGCUGAUGAGAUUGUUGAGGAGUUACAGGAAUUAUACGAAAACGCCAAAGACGAAUUCGAAAUCGCCACCGACAGCACAGACGGCGGCACCAUCUACGCAGCCUCGGACCGCGAAAGUGCCCGCGACGCUCUAAACCAACUCCUCAUUGUCUUUGAGCUCUACACACAAGACCACAGUCCGACGCAGACGGCCGUGCGGGCGCAGGUCCGGGCGGAAGCAGAGGAAGGGCGUCGGGAAGAAGGAGAAGGCGAAGAUGAGGGACAGGUGAUCGAGACGAAUUUCGAUCCGUCGGCUGUGGAGCCGGAGGUUAGGGAGGAGGUUAAGAAGAGGGUUGCGCAGCGGGUGAGGGAGUUGAGGAAUGCGGUUGAGUUGUUGGAGGAGAGGGCGAUGACGGAGUAG